GUGGUGGAUGAGCAGUCCCCUCGAGCCCCGGCGGCCUUGGGCCGCCGCCGCCCGCCGACCCUCGUCGUGGCCCGCGCGGGGGGGGCCAUGGCAGACGAGGAUGACCCGGGCGCGCCGGAGGGCGAGCCAGAGGAGGCCCCAGAGCGGUCGAGGGGCGCCCGGGCCCGCGUGCGCACCGCCAUGGCGGACGGGCCCCCGCCGCCGGAGGCGCCGGGAGGCCCCGGAGAGGCGCCGGGUGGCCUCGAGGAGGCCUCGGAGGAGUCGGACGGAGAGGCCGAGGUGGCCCCUGGGGCGGUCUCGCAGCACAGCAUCGCCAGGGCGAAGUCUCGGGAGACGAUCUCGCAGCAGAGCUUCCUGCACAAGCCCACGUGCGCCAUCAAAUCCCGCCAGGAUCUCAAUGGCAUCACGUGGUACGAGGUGCAGGUGACGGAAGGCAGCGAAGAGAGGUCGUACCUCAAGCGAUACUCCGACUUCCGGCGGCUGCACGAGCAGCUCCUCGCGGACAAGGCGAAAGUGCAGGAGAUGCCGCAGCUGCCCACCAAAGGCGUGCUCGGCGUCAGGCACAAGCUCAACCUUGGGAACUUCAACGACAAGCGCCAGGAGGACCUCCAGGAGUACCUCAGGAAACUCCUGGCGCAGCUGCGGUCCGUGGCGGAGGAGUCGGCGCUGGACGCCUUCUUCGCUAGGGAGACCGCCAAGCACAUCGCGUUCCCGCUGGCCGACGGCGACAGGGCGCGCGAGCACUCCGUCCUCGAGCACGCCCUUGGAUCCGGCGUCGGGAGCGCUGGCGCGCACGUGCUGCGUACGGCCACGGACGUGGAGGGUGCAGCGAAGCCGGCCUUCGGCGAGAAGGACCAGGCGGGCGAGGGCGGGGAGGCCGCCGACAUCCUGGAGGGCCUCGCAGCGGCUGGCGUCGGCGUGGUCUGCAGGAAGGGCCAGAAGCCGGGGCACACCAACCAGGAUAGCUUCUGCAUCUUGCACAAGGUCGACAUGUUCAGCACAUUCGGGGUUUUCGACGGGCAUGGCCCCUUCGGCCACGACGUCUCGAACUUCGCCGCGCCCUGUGUCAUGAAGCUCUUCGCGGGGCACGCGGCUCGUGACACCGAACCUGAAGAGGCCCUGCGGUUCGCGUUCAUCGAGACGCAGAACAUGCUGGAGGAGCUGUCUCAAGCAGGCGAGAUCAACGCCUCGCUUAGCGGCUGCACCGGCACGCUGAUCUCCGUCGCGGCGGACAGGAAGUCGGUCCAUGCCGCCCACGUGGGCGAUUCGCGGGCAGUGCUGUGCAGGAGCCGCAGCGACGGCACCAGGGGCGGCGUGGCGGUCGACCUGACGGAGGACCACAAGGUGAACCUCCCGAAGGAGCAGAGCCGCAUCGAGGCCGCUGGCGGAGUGGUGAAGUUCGACGGGCAGAUCAACCAUCGCGUCUGGAACGCCGACGGCCGCGGGGGGCUCUGCGUGUCGCGCGUCCUAGGGGACACGGUGAUGCACGGGUCCGGCGUCAUCGCUGUCCCAGAGAUCCGCCGGGUGGACCUCAACCUGGAGGGACACGGGUACGGUCGCGGCAGGGACCUGUUCGUGCUGCUGUGCAGCGACGGCGUGUGGGAGUUCAUGACCAGCCAGGAGGCGUGCGACCUGGUCUUGAGCUACGGCCGGGACGACGUGCAGGGUGCCAUCGCGGAGCUGGCGCGGCGCAGCCGCGACCUGUGGCUGCAGGACGACCCCUGCUACGUCGACGACAUCACCGCCGUGGUGGCCUGGCUCUGA